AUGUCCAAGAUCGAAAAGCUGUCCGUCCAAGGCAUCCGGUCCUUCGGGACCGGCAGUGGCCGUGAGACCAUGCAAUUCUUCACGCCCCUAACCCUCAUUGUCGGUUACAACGGUUCGGGCAAGACGACCAUCAUUGAAUGCCUCAAAUACGCCACCACUGGCGAGCAGCCCCCCAACAGCAAGGGCGGUGCGUUCGUCCACGACCCUAAACUCAUCGGCGAGAAGGAGGUCCUGGCGCAGGUCAAGCUGGCAUUCACCUCGACCACCGGCGUUAAGCAUGUCGUUACGCGAAGUCUUCAGUUGACAAUCAAGAAAACCACCCGCUCCCUCAAGACCCUCGAGGGGUCGCUAGCGACGAACAACAAUGGCGAACGGUCCGUUCUCUCGACGCGAGUGGCGCAGAUGGACGAGGCCGUCCCCGCUCUCCUCGGCGUUUCGACCGCCAUUCUGGACUACGUCAUAUUCUGCCAUCAGGACGAGUCUCUGUGGCCCAUGAGCGAGCCCGGCGCCUUGAAGAAACAGUUUGACCAAAUCUUUGAAGCCAUGCGGUACACAAAAGCCAUUGACAACCUCAAGGUCCUCCGGAAGAAGCAAGGCGAGGAGCUUGCACGCCUCAAGAUACACGAGAGCCAGGACAAGAUCAACAAGGAGAAAGGCGACCGCGCCGAGAAGAGAUCCAUGGAGCUUCAAGCCGAGAUUGAGGGAUCAAGGGAAGCAUGCAACGGCAUGAAUGAUGAGAUGGCCGAGCUCUCGGCGCAGAUCAAGCAGAAGCGGCUCGAGGCCAACAAGUUCUUGAACAUUGUUAAUGACCUCAAAUACAAAAAGGAGCAGUUCAAAUUCCGACAGGGCGCCAUCUCGGAUCUUCAGACAACUCUGGAGGAGCUCGAAGAAGACGAUGAGACUCUGCAAACCAAUUUAUCACAGUAUGAGGAGCGCAUGGCACGCUUCCAGACUGAAGAGCGCCAGAACAGAUCGCAGUACACACAACUCCAGAACGAUCUAGGCAGAUCAAGGAAUGACUUGUCGGCCAAACUUUCCGAGAAGGGCAAGCAUGAGUCGGACAAGGACAAGUACGAACGUCAGCUUGCCUCGCGUGUCGACCUGAUUCACGAAGCUGCAGAGCUGCACGGCUUUCGAGGUUUUGACGGAGACCUGAAAGACACGCAGAUCAAGUCGUUCAACGACAGGAUUCAAAAGCUUCUAGGCGACAAAAAACGGGAUCUCGAGCGCGUCCAGAAGGAAAACGCUCAGGAGCUUGACAAGGCCACUGGCAUCAUAACUGACCUCGAGGGCCGCAAAUCUACCAUGACUCAGAAUCGCGUGUUCGCGAAGCAGCGCAUGGGUGCCAUCGAGAAGCGGACCGCCGUCAUCCAAAAUGAUAUCAACACAUUAGAUGUCGAUGAAAGUGCCAAGGCUAUAUUGGACAGUCAAUUUGAAGAUAUUGAGGGCCGGCUGGCGAAGACGACUGAGUCAAUCGAAAGCGCCGGGUUCGAUAGUCAAAUCGAGCAGGAAAACGAGAAGCUCUAUCAAUUGGAGAGUGAAAACGACAAACUGGGCCGAGAGCUGAUGGAGGCCACGCGUCUAGCUUCCGAGCGAGCCCAGCUGGAAUACCGGAAAAAGGAGCUGAUUGACCGCAAGAGAAAGCUGGAGACUCUCACAAGCACGUGGAAGGAGAAGCUUGACGCACAGAUCGGCAGUGAGUGGCAGGCGGAGACAAUUGAACCACAGUUCCAAUCAGUGCUCAAAAAGCAGUCGCAGCUUGUUGCACAGACGCGGCAAAAACGGGACAUGGCACGCGAGAAGCAACAAAAAAUUGACUUCAGCCUGAAAUCAGCGCGGGACGCGCAACAAAAGAAGUCAGACGAGAUUUCUCGCUGUCACGACAAGGUCCUCGACGUCUUAAAACAGGUCAGGGAUGAGGCCACCAUCGACGACUAUGCUGAGGAGGUCAAACUUCUUGAGGAGGAUGUCGAGGCCUACUCGACGGACAUCAGCCUUCUGGAGGCGUUGUCUGAUUACUACAAGCAAUGUCAGGAGACAUUGACCAAGAAGAACAAGUGCAAGCUAUGUGACAGAGGUUUCGACGACAAACAGAGCGUCAACAAGUCGCGUUUCUCGGACAAGCUUAUCAAGUAUCUUGACCCUUCGAAGAAAGAGAAGGCCAGUGAGGAUCUCGACAAGUCCAAGGCGACGCUCGAUAAGUUACGGCAAGUCAGAGUUCAUCACGAAACGUACGAGCGGUCACUAGGCGAGCUACCGGGUCUGAAAGAAGCGUGCAAAACUCUUGAGGCCGAGCUCGAGACCCACGAGAGGCAGCUUGAAGAGCAUGAUGAGAAUGUCAAUGCCGAAGAGGCGAAACAGGCCGACGUUGAGACCUUGAAUAAGACAGUCAUGAACAUCUCUCAGACUCUCAAAGACAUGAAGGAUUCCGAGGCCCAGGUUGAGCGGAUCAUGUCGCAACAGUCAUCUGGCAUGGCUACGCGAACUGCAGAUGAAAUACAUGAGCUGCAGGCAACCUGCAAAGAGCAGAUGCGUUCGACGAAAGCUCGACUCACCAAGAUUACAACUGACCGGCAGAGAAUGCGAGACCAGCUCAACAGCCUAGAACUAGAAAAGAGCGAGUUGAAAAACAAGCUCAGUAGGGUGCAGAGUCAAUUGGAGCGCAAGAAGGACUUCCAGAACCAGAUCCAAACUUUGAAAGAGGAUCAGGCCAAUCAACGGGAGCUCAUUCAGAAGGCUGACCAAGAUCUGGAGGUCAUCGAGCCUUCAAUCGCAGAGGCUCGCGCAGUGCGGGAUGAUACGCUCCAGCGCGGCCGCGCGAAAGAAAAGGCCAUCGUAGAGGAGCGCGAUUUGGUUGCCAACUCGGUUACUGAACUCAAGAUGGUCGAGAGCGACAUUCAGGACUACAUGGACCGUGGGGGGCCUUCGAAUCUCGCCGCGAACCAGCGCGCCAUUGAUGGCCUUGAAAAGACGAUUGCGGCCACGGAACAGGAAAUAUCCGAUCUCACGGUCCGGACGAAUAAGUUGAAGCAAGACAUCGAUAAUGGCGACCGGAAGAAGCAAAACAUCAGCAACAACCUGAAGUUCCGCCAGAACAGGCGUCAACUCGAUGUGCUUCGCGCUGAGAUUGACGAUCUCCAAUCCUGCGACGCCGAUGACGACUACGACCGGCUCAAUGACGAGGCAGUCCAACUAGAGAACCGUCACAACAUGCUAGUAGCCGAACGCGGCUCCCUCAUGGGCCAGAUGAAGACCAAGGACGAGGAGCUUGCGCGACUUCUUGGCGAGUGGGAAAUGGACUACCGGGACGCUUCCAAGAAGUAUCGAGAGUCCCACAUCAAGGUCGAGACGACCAAGGCGGCGAUCGAGGAUCUCGGUCGCUACGGCGCCGCGCUCGACAAGGCCAUCAUGCAGUACCACGGCCUCAAGAUGGAAGAAGUCAACCGCAUCGCUGGCGAGCUGUGGCAGAGCACAUACCAAGGUACCGACAUUGAUACGAUUCUCAUUCGGUCCGACAACGAAGGUGCCACAGGCCGGCGCUCGUACAACUACCGCGUGUGCAUGGUCAAGCAGGACACCGAGAUGGACAUGCGCGGGCGCUGCUCAGCUGGCCAGAAGGUGCUCGCCAGCAUCAUCAUCCGCCUCGCGCUGGCGGAGUCUUUCGGCGUCAACUGCGGCCUCAUCGCACUAGACGAGCCGACCACCAACCUCGACAAGGACAACAUCAAGUCUCUCGCCGAGAGCUUGCAUCACAUCAUCAAGUCACGCCAGGCGCAGAGCAACUUCCAGCUCAUCGUCAUCACCCACGACGAGGAGUUUCUCCGACACAUGCGGUGCAGCGAGUUCUGCGACAGUUUCUUCCGCGUGAAGCGUGACGACAAGCAAUGCAGCGUUAUUUCGCGAGAGAGCAUUACGAGGGUGCUGUAA